AUGGCAUCUCCACAGAAGAUCCGAACCCCGAUCACCGAUCUUUUCAAGAUCCAACACCCGGUCCUGCUGGCAGGCAUGAACGUCGCCGCCGGCCCCAAGCUGGCCGCUGCCGUGACCAACGCCGGCGGCAUGGGCGUCAUUGGCGGUGUCAACUACACUCCCGAGAUGCUCCAGGACCAGAUCACCGAGCUCAAGUCAUUCCUCGUCGACAAGAAUGCCCCGUUCGGCGUUGAUCUGCUACUACCGCAGGUCGGAGGCAGCGCGCGAAAGACCAACUACGACUAUACCAAGGGCAAGCUAAACGAGCUGAUCGACAUCAUCAUCGACUCCGGCGCGAAGCUGUUCGUCUCCGCCGUCGGCGUGCCGCCCAAGGCAGUCGUCGAGAAGCUGCACAAGGCCGGCAUCCUCUACAUGAACAUGAUCGGCCACCCCAAGCACGUCAAGAAGUGCCUCGAGCUGGGCGCCGACAUCAUCUGCGCGCAGGGCGGCGAGGGCGGCGGCCACACCGGCGACGUGCCCACGACGAUCCUGAUCCCGGCCGUCGUCGACGCCGUCAAGGGCUACAAGUCGCCCCUCACCGGCGCGCCCGUCCAGGUCAUCGCCGCGGGCGGCAUCCACAACGGCCAGCUGCUGGCGGCGUCGCUGAUGAUGGGCGCCAGCGCCGUGUGGGUGGGCACGCGGUUCGUGCUGUCCGAGGAGGCGGGCGCGCCCGAGGCGCACAAGGAGGCGGUGCGCACGGCGGGCUUCGACGACAACGUGCGCACCAUCAUCUUCACGGGGCGGCCCAUGCGCGUGCGCAAGAACCCCUACAUCGAGAACUGGGAGAACGAGCGCCAGCAGGAGAUCAAGGAGCUCACCGCCAAGGGCACCAUCCCCUACGAGGUCGACCUCGACAGGCUCAUGAGCGGCGAGAUGACCCAGCCGCCCAAGGGCCUCGAAAUCGCCACGAAGGAGGGCGAGGACGUCGAUAUCGAUGAGAUCAUGGACCAGUUCCGGCCGUUCCUCAUGGGCAAGGCGGCUGCCGUGUGUAACGAGAAGAAGACAGCCAAGGAGAUUGUGGAUGAGUUCGUCAAUGAUGCCGUUGCCUGGAUACAAAAGGGCAACAGCCUGAUCAAGGUCUCAUCCAAGCUAUAG